GCAGCUCCUAUAUAUAAAGCAGGGGGGACUUAUGUCACUGCACUAAUUAAAUUCCAUCUGGGUUGUUCCUCGGGGUGUUUUCGAGCCUGCCACCCAACUCGAGCAGGCAGAGGGGCCGAGGGACAGCAUGAUGAUGGACCUUUUCGAAACUGGCUCCUAUUUCUUCUACUUGGACGGGGAGAAUGGAGCCCUGCAGCAGCUGGAGAUGGCGGAGGGUUCCCCGCUGUACCCAGGCAGCGACGGCACCUUGUCCCCGUGUCAGGACCAAAUGCCGCCGGAGGCCGGCAGCGACAGCGGCGGCGAGGAGCAUGUGCUGGCCCCCCCGGGCCUGCAGCCCCCUCACUGCCCCGGCCAGUGUUUGAUCUGGGCUUGUAAAACCUGCAAGAGAAAGUCGGCCCCCACGGACAGGCGGAAAGCGGCCACCCUGCGGGAGAGGAGGCGGCUGAAGAAGAUCAACGAAGCCUUCGAGGCGCUGAAAAGGCGGACUGUGGCCAACCCCAACCAGCGGCUGCCCAAGGUGGAGAUCCUGAGGAGCGCCAUCAGCUACAUCGAGAGGCUGCAGGACCUCCUGCACAGGCUGGAUCAGCAGGAGAAAAUGCAGGAGGUCGGGGGGGACGCCUUCAGCUUCAGCCCCAAGCAGGCAAAUGGCUCGGACUUCCUCGGCACCUGCGGCUCCGACUGGAGAAACCUCUCCGACCAUUCCCGGGCGCUGGGAGCCAGCCCCAGAGCAGGAGGCUCCGCCGUCGAGUCGUCGGCUUCCAGCAGCCUGCGCUGCCUCUCCUCCAUAGUGGACAGUAUUUCCUCCGACGAGCCCAAGCUGCCCGGCGUGGAGGAAGCGGUGGAGAAAUGAGGCAGGGCCCGCGGGGCUCGGGCCGAGGUACCGCCGCCCGCCCAGCCUGACGGAGCGGCCCUCGGCGACCCGAGCCCGAAGGACUCCUUCUGACCCCCACCCCCUUUUCACCCCGAGUUUUGUUUUCUUUACGCCUCGUCGCAUAGACCAGCCUCCCCCCCAGUUUUUCCGUUUUUAAUUUAAG